AUGGUUGCACCAAAUUCGUGUUGGCAAAAUGCUUACCAAAAUAUUUUUGCUGGAUGUUCGGAGAUCCUAGCCGGUGAAGAGAAGCGGUCUAGACUUGCUUGGCAUCUCAGCGAUUGCUUCCAGAAAGACUCUGGCAGGCCUCUUUUACCUCAUUGCGACGCCAAAUCUAGCAUGUUGAAAUGCCUCACAAAAUUGGACGAGGAUGCACGGAAGAUCUAUCACGAGUUUUAUCUUGAAACCAACUCCAUCUGCCAUCAAUUACAGACUGAUGCAUUCAAGCGUCAAACAGAGAGAUUGGUGAAUGAACUAAAAAAUUCAACCCAAUUUGCAGAAGACAAAUUAGAGACCAUAGAAGAGAAAGCAGAGGGUCUGUUGCAAAAUUCACACCUUAUACAUGAUUCUUUGGCUUCGAUUAAUGUUCAAACCCAACAAGUGGCGAAACUGACGCAGAAUGUUGAAGUUCAAGUUAACCUCGUGUUAAGGAAUACAGAAGCAAUUUAUAAGCAAUCCAAGGGAAUUGCAGCUUCUCAGUCAGAACUACAAGAAAACCAAGCAACGAUGAAGGACAAGUUAGAAGAAUCAAUGGUAAAGCUGCAUGAAUCUUCCAAUAAAGUUGGCGAAGAAAUAAGUAACUUGAAGAAUCAAGCUAUUGAAAUUGAGGAGGAGAUCAGUAAAGUUGGAAAUGCAAUGUCUUCAAAUACGAACACUCUCCAACAAAGAGCCAAUGAUAUUGGUAAUAUGGCAGGGAUUUCGUUGGAGAAGCAAAAGCAAGUUCUAGAUGGGCAAUCAUUGGCUUUUGAGGGUCUUCAGUUGCAGGCUCUAGAAGAGAACAGGGUACUCUGCAAGAAUUUGCUGAACUUGGGAAUAGACAACAAGAGGAGCUUCUUUUUUUUUUUUUUGAACGAACAAGAGGAGCUUCUUAGAAGACAAGAAUUGCUUCAACAAGCCCAUGAUCAUUUGGUUGAAAGUUCAAAAACAAUAUUGGCAGCUCAGGUUGGUGUUUCUAUAAAGAGGAAAAUAGAUGAAAUUGCAAGAGAUUUGCUUUGGCGAAAAUGUCAAAGGCGGAGGGGAGAGAAGAGCCGCCAUGGGAGGAGGAUCUGUGGUUGUUGUUAUCUUCGUCGUCUGAAGAGUUGUGGAGAUGGAGAUGAAACUGAUCUGAUUGAAGCAGAUCUGGAUCUGUUGUCAUCUAGAUCUGAUUAG